AUGCCGGACAACGAGGAAAAGAUGCUUCUCCAUCAAGAUUUCUGGCGCCAUCGUCGCAAUUGUGCUCGUUGCAGUGGCCGGGUCAAGCCAUCAAGCUACGCAUGGCAGAACACCGUCUGUCCUCUGGAAUAUCUGGUCAAGCGAAACAUCAAGGAUGUACCGGCAGAUGGAGACGCCACGCUACGCCGAAUCAAGGAACCAGCGGCAAAGAAGGUUAAGCUGGAGGACGACGAUGGAAUUGAUGAACAGCAGUUGAUUGCGGAAGGAAAGGUCAAAGUCACCUACGAGAUCGACGACGACUUCGACGCUGCUGCGGCUGGAAAGACGGGGCUGACUCGUACAAUCUGGAUUCAGGAUUACAGCCUGAUGGAAUUCAAGGUGGAGGAGGUCAUCAAAACGGAAGAAGAUGACACCAUUUACGAGGAGAUUACGAUCUCGACUCUACGCAAGACAACGAUGGUUGUUACUGACAUUUGA